AUGUAUCUCUGCAUGAUCGCACUACUAGCUUAUAGUACUAUAGCCACACCCAAUGACGAAGGUGCUCCUGACCCCAUAGUCAUCGCCCAGCGAUCUCCAACCGGUAUCCUUACCAUGACGGUCUUUGUUACGGUCACAUAUACAAGCUACAUAACUGAAGCGCUGUCUGGGACCACUUCUCUCUUCUUACCAUCCUUUACCUACGAUCCGUUGCCGAGUUCCUUGGCUUCUGACAGUCUUCCAACUCUGGGUAGCACAACAAUGACAAGGACGUUUGCUACGUCUACUAGCACUACCGGUCUGAUGAAUACAAGCACUACGUGCUCGCACACAAUGCCCCAUAUUGUACCUGGCAAUUCUAGUCUUCUAUUGCCCUGGGUCCCAAAGUUGCCUUGGAUAACGCCAUCAGGGGGAUUGAAGAGUGUUUCGUCGUGGCUUGUCACGUCUUCUAGUGCAACAGAAUCACCUACCUUGUCAGUUUCCAACCCUGUGCCUCCAGCUCCUGUCGUCCCUAGGCCUGGUUCUUCCGAAUUCAAUUGGCCUAUAUACACCGACAUCAUAUCGAGAAGCUCACCUAUUGGUGCUCUUCCAAGUACCGGUACAGACACAACUGCGUCGAUUCCUCUUCCUGAAAGUAAUAGCACAACUACUGCUACUGCAAGUCCCUCAUCGACCUCUAGAAUGUCGGUCCACCCGCGAUGCAAGGCCAAAUCUGUUCUAUCACUUAACACCGAACCAUAUAUCAAGGCUCGCGACGCAGCAACCGGCGUAAGCAAUAUCAGUACUAUUCAACCCUCCGCUCUCAAUUGGAAGACUAGAUAUAUGAACACGUCAUCUUUCGCGGGCGUGAAGAUCGCAACACCGUCUGAAGAAAGCAAGGCGAGUAAAAGGCGAGUGAACUACUGGUUCCGCUUCUUCGCUGCUGCAGAGCCUUCUGUAGGACGGAUAAUGAAUGAGUGCUUGGCAUGCGAUUGGGAGGGAGAGGUUACGUGUUUGCCUGCUCGUCGGUAUAUGUGGUGUACGGAUGGUUGUGCUAUCACGGAGAAGCUAGGAUGCGAUAUGGUGUGCGAAGAUGGAGUUAUACGUAAAGAAGGGGAAUAUUGCGUACGAUGA